UUGGGACAAGGUGGUGAAGAAAAACUCACUAUUUAGCAGGAAGGCAGUAUUCGCCGCGCCUGCCUAUUCAAGUUGAUAGUUCACUAUUUGGCAAAAAGAAGGGGAGGGGAGGGGCUGAGCCGUGGAAUUUGGGUUGCUUGCAAACGGAGGUUGAGUCUGGAGAGCGGGAGACGAGAUAAACUAGCAACAUAUAUAUUAACAAUACCGCGGACUCUGGACUUCCAUCCCGGCCCCGCAGGAGUGUAAGCACCUCACUGAAGAGCCGCGACCUGCAUGGUUGGCCCGCUGGCUCUCCUCCUGUCUCCCUCUUCACUGGAUUGGGCAGCAGAAGUGUUUUCACCCUAGUCCGGCAGCUUGGCUGCUCACCUGACUCCAGAUGAAUGAAGACCCCAUUCGGGAAGACGGCAGGCCAGAGACCCAGAGCUGAUGCAGGGCAUGCAGGUGUAUCUGCAAAUAUGAUGAAGAAGAAGAAUUCCCACAAGAAGCAGCGGAGCAGCGUGGGCCCCAGCAAGCCUGUCUCCCAGCCCCGGCGGAACAUCGUGGGCUGCAGGAUCCAGCACAACUGGAAGGAGGGCAGCAGCCCCGCCACGCAGUGGAAGGGGACAGUGCUCGACCAGGUGCCCGUCAACCCCUCGCUCUACCUGAUCAAGUACGACGGCUUCGACUGCGUCUAUGGACUGGAGCUCCACAAAGACGAGCGGGUGCAAGGCCUUGAGGUCCUACCGGACAGAAUCGCUUCCUCUCGGAUUAGCGAUGCCCACCUGGCAGACACCAUGAUUGGCAAAGCCGUGGAGCACAUGUUCGAGACAGAAGACGGAUCAAAGGACGAGUGGAGGGGGAUGGUGUUAGCACGGGCUCCCAUUAUGAACACGUGGUUUUAUAUCACAUACGAAAAGGAUCCUGUAUUAUACAUGUAUCAGCUCCUAGACGAUUAUAAAGAGGGAGACCUACGGAUAAUGCCAGAUUCAAAUGACUCCCCACCAGCAGAGAGAGAGCCGGGAGAGGUGGUGGACAGCCUCGUGGGCAAGCAGGUGGAGUACGCCAAAGAGGACGGCACCAAAAGAACUGGCAUGGUCAUCCAUCAGGUCGAGGCCAAACCAUCCGUGUAUUUCAUCAAGUUCGACGAUGACUUCCACAUCUACGUCUACGACUUGGUAAAAACGUCCUAGGCAUGUUGUCGGGAGAGAAAACAACAAGUAAUCUACAGACUUUGCCAAAUUAUUUGAACAGUUCUCUCAACAACUUAAGACAAGAUGGAUGAUUCCCUUACAGGCUGUCGAUAAAGCCUGUUGUUUCCUGGGUCCCCCGCCGCUAUUAAAGGGUUCUUGUUCUUUAUUUCCAAUUGAAGACUGAGCUCUGCACAACUUAACAAUAUUG